CAAGUGUAUCUCAGUAGAGCUAUAUUUGAAAGCCAUCCUCAGACGUCACGAUUGAGACGGUGAAGUAACUGUGCUGGUUGGCCUAUCUCCUCGUGCGCCCGUCUCCUAGCAUUUUCCAGUACGUAUCACGCCCUCCAUAUCGACAGCAGAACCCAUACUAAUAAGGCCCCAGAAAUCUCUAUUCCCGUCAGACCCGAGACCUUCUCCCGCCAUACUCUCUCCCUCCCAGCUCACCCCCAAAAACCCCAUCUUCCCAGAGUCCUGCAUACGAAUGGUGCAACCAGCAACCCUCCACCCCCUCCCCACCCCAAUCACCUUCCUCAAAACCGUCCUCAGCACUCUCACCCACACCCAACUAACCGCACUGGGAAACGCCCUCACAGCCCUCCUCACCAUAACCCGCAGCUUCCUCGCUACAGAACGCACCGCCCACCUCCCCUUCUCCCUCCUCCUCAACCUCCCCGACGACGCCGAAAUCAACCGCUUCAUCCUCUACUGCGACGACCUCUCUCGCGUCAUCGACGCCAUCUCCAACGCGGCAGCGCGAGUAGGGAGCGUAGAGACAAGGGCGGUGCGGCCACUUGUCGAUACGAUCAGGUUGAUAUUGCUGGUGUUGGAUCGGUUUUGGGUGCUUUUUGAGGAGGAGAGGUGGAGGGGGCGGGGGAAGCGGAUUGCGAGUCUGCAGAGGUUGGAGGGUGUGUUGGGGCGGUUGGGGGGAUUGGCUGGGAGCGCAUUGGUGGGGGCGGCAGAUGGGAAGACGGAGACGGAGACUGAGAACGGGGGAAGUGAGGAUGCGGAUGAGGGAGAUUUGGGAGGGCUGUGUCCGUGAUUUUGGGGAAUGAGGAGAGGGCGUUGGUUUGGGGAUAUGAGGAGGAGAAGGCGGUUGGCUAUGUACAGCUGUUUGGGGUGCCCCGGCGUACUAUUAAGAUUGAGCCUGGAAUGUUUUCGAGUUCGCGAUUUGGAUUUGCGGGUUACGGGUCGGGAUAGCGAGUGCCCGCCGCUGUCGGAGAUUUUUUGGCAUAUUACAGACAAUUGGAGUGAGAUGUCAUGUCUGUCAAUGCAAUAUUAGAUAGCCUGUCGAAGCUCGUGGUGGAUCGAUUGCUAAAUAUCAGGCCAGUAAUGAGAAUU